GGUGUAUUGCAAUACUAUAACUAUAUUGAUAUCAAAUUCUUGUUGAAUCCAGAGAUAGAGAACAUAAAUGUGAAAGAGACAACAGACAAAGAUAUCUUCAAAGCAGUGAUGGCAUCACAGAAUGCAGAAGAAGGCAUAGACAAGAAUGGACUCAGAGGUGAUGUUGAUGAUAGUGAUGAUUCAAUGUUAGAACCUUGUUCUAGGCACUAUAAGGCUCUUCAAGCUGUCAGGACUCUUCAAAAGUAUAUUGAGACUAUGAAUAAUCCAUUUGCUCAGAAUUUAAAAAGCAUUUUGACUUUGUUCAGACAAAAAACAAGGCUUGAUGAGGCCAAUUCACUUCAAGACAGCCAGAUUAUGAGCUACUUCACUUUUAAAUAA